CAAAACAACUAGAACCUCACGUGAAUCCACGGAAGUAUUAACAUGACAGAUACAGCUAUUUCGAUAAAAAAUUAAGCUUAAAUUGAUAGUGUUAUCAGUGAAUUCAUUUUCAAAGCUUUUAAUGUUGUAAAGUUUUAAUAUUAACAAAAGAAACCAUGCAUAACAAAGCGAAUUUUUGUGCUGUGUUAUUUCUUGGUAUCCUCAAAUAUUCGAUAGCUUUGCAAAGUCCUUUUGAGAACGAUGUUUUUGAGAAUAAUGAUAUUGAGUCAGCUCCAGUCCCCAUUGUAAUAUGGCAUGGUAUGGGUGACACUUGCUGUAAUCCUAUGAGUAUGGGUUCAAUAGUCAAGUUCCUACACCAAAGUAUUCCAGGAGUUUACGUCAAGUCUCUGAAAAUCGGUUCAAAUUUCCUAGAAGAAAUGGAGAACAGUUUUCUUAUGAAUUCAAAUGAUCAAAUUGAUCUGGCAUGCAAUGAGAUAAAAAAUGACACAUUGUUGAGAAAUGGAUAUAAUGCAAUUGGGUUUUCUCAAGGGGGUCAAUUUCUUCGAGCUGUUGCCCAAAGAUGCCCAAAUCCUGCUAUGAAAACUUUAAUUACAUUUGGUGGACAGCACCAAGGCGUUUAUGGAUUUCCUAGAUGUCCUGGCGAAAAUGCAACUUUGUGUGAUUAUGUGAGGAAGUUGCUUAACAUAGGAGCUUAUGUUGAUUGGAUUCAGAAGCACUUGGUUCAAGCACAGUAUUGGCAUGAUCCUCUUCACGAAGAUGAAUAUAAGGCUAAGAGUAUUUUUCUAGCAGACAUCAACAAUGAACGUGUUAGAAACGAAACUUACAAAACAAACUUGAAAAAACUUGAGAACUUUGUGAUGAUCAUGUUUCUUCAAGAUCAUAUGGUGGAUCCAAAAGAAUCUGAAUGGUUUGGAUAUUAUAAACCAGGUCAGUCCAAUGAUAUUUUGAAGCUCCAGGACACAGAAUUGUACAAAGAAGAUUGGCUUGGAUUAAAAGAAAUGGAUCAAAAGGGUAAACUUCAUUUCUUAGAAAUUGAUGCUGAUCAUCUAUCUAUUAGUUUAAAAUGGUUUAAGGAAAAUGUUGUGGACAAGUUUUUAGUAUGAAUUAAAUGUAUCAAUGUAUAUAAGUAAAGUGAACUGACAAGUAAAUUGAAUUCUUGUAUGCCAAUGAUGGUAAUUUUUUUCAUCAGCUGCUUUGCCAAUUACACAUUUGACGUUAUUAAAAUGUUUUAUUUAACAUAUUCUAAUGAGAAGUCUUUGCUUUUAGCAAUUUAGCUACUGGAAAUCUAUUUCUAAGGUUAAUUCGAAAUUAUUCUUAAUUUAAAGCGUAGUUGUUUCGACUUGUAUGAGAUAUUUAGACCAAGUUACGGUAACGUAGAACUAAUAGAAGCAUUUGGGCAUUUAACAAAAAAGCAAAUUAUAUCUUCAAAUUUGGCUAAUCAUCAGUUGAACUUUACUAUAUAUAGACUAUUUAUAAAUUUACUAUACAUGGGAGGAGGGGGGACGCUCAUUAAAAUUUCCAUUCAACUAUAAAAUAAUCUGCCUAUUGCAUUAUUUAUCUCCAUGCAACAUCGUUACCAUGACAGUUGAUAAUGAUAUUAACAGCUGCUAAUUGAUAUUGAUGUGUUACAAUUGGAAUUUUUUUAAAUCAAAUAAUUGCUGUAAUUAAUGACUAAGAGGUCAUUUAUCGAUGUUAUAUUACCGACACAUGUAUUGUAUAUGUACAAGAGAGAAUUUGUUUUAAUACUAUAUAACGUAGUUCAAGUAAACAACAUUCUUUUUUUCUUUUUUCUUUGAACUGUCUGCGACAGUCAAAUCCAAAAGCUAUAAAC